AUGCUGUCAGACUCAGACUUCCGGAUCCAGGCCAUGGCCGAGGUGACGAAUGCCUCGUCCAGUUGGGUAGAGUGCACCGCCAUCACCCCCCGCAUGGCCCGUCUCUUGUCGGUACUCAACGGCAGCUGCCACUGCCCCGAGUCGCCGUCCGCCCCCGCCUCUAGGACCCGUUGCAGGAGUCGGGAUGAGCGCUGCACCUGGCUCUCGCUUUCCUUCACCAUCUCGUCCACCAGCAGCAUCACGUCCGAGGCCAGCUGGGUCAGACUCUCGGCCUCUGCCUCGCUGCUGGCAGUGUCCCUGCGGGCGGCCAGGCGCAGCCAGAACCCACGGUCGAAGCUCAGCAGGUUUUUGGCCACGGCCUCGGGAAAGGAGCCCGAGGCGCGCGCGGCGGUCAGGUGGUCGAUCAGUUCAUCGAGGGCCACCACAUCCGCCACCCCGAGGCCCUGGGAUGGGAUGGCGCGGGGAGGGCCCGCAUGA